GAAUGGAACUGUCAUGAAACACAUCCGGGUUAUGACCUUUUCGUGUUGUUGUGGAGGUGCAGAUGCUGAAUUGGACAUCUUAUUUAGUAUAACAACGAACCUGUGAAGUAUAUAGUACAUUUGGACUAAAUAUUUUGGAAAUAAGCAUUGUCUAUAGACAAAAGUAGUCGAACGAAGAAGGAGGACUCGUCGAUUGAGCUGCCUGAUGUGAUUGUGGAAUACUAUUAUAAUGAGUAAUAGUCACCCCUUGCGUCCACUGGCCUCCGUUUCGGAGAUCGAUCACAUCCACCUGCUGUCAGAGCAGCUUGGGGCGCUGGUGCCAGGUGAAGAAUACAGUGAUGUCACUUUCAUUGUGGAAGAGAAACGGUUCCCAGCACAUCGCGUGAUCCUGGCCGCGCGCUGCCACUACUUCAGACCCUGCUUGACCUCCAGGGCUCUUCUGUAUGGUGGGAUGAAGGAGUCCCAGGCGCUGGCGGAGGUGUGCCUGGAGGAGACCAGGGCCGAGGCCUUCUCCAUGCUGCUGCACUACCUCUACACAGGCCGAGCCAGCCUCAGCUCCGCCCGCGAGGACGUGCUGCUGGACUUCCUGGGCCUGGCGCACCGCUACGGCCUCCAGCCACUAGAGGAUUCCACCUCCGAGUUCCUGCGCACCAUCCUGCACACGCACAACGUGUGCCUGGUUUUUGACGUGGCCAGCCUGUACUCUCUGAGCACGCUCAGUGCUGCCUGCUGUGGGUAUAUAGACCGGCACGCCCCCGAAGUCCUGGCGUCAGAGGCUUUCCUCACGCUCUCCAAGACGGCUGUUUUGACCGUGGUGCGGAGGGACUCUUUUGCCGCCAGUGAGAAGGAGAUCUUCCAGGCGCUGUGUCGCUGGUGUCGCCACACCGGAGAGGGGGCCGCCACCCAGGAAGUGAUGUCAGCCGUGCGUCUGCCUCUCAUGAGCCUGACGGAGAUGCUGAACGUGGUGCGUCCCUCCGGCCUGCUCAGCCCAGACGACCUGCUGGACGCCAUCAAGAUCCGCUCCGAGAGCCGGGACAUGGACCUCAACUACCGCGGCAUGCUCACCCCAGAGGAGAACCUCGCCACCAUGAAGCACGGCGCCCAGGUGGUGAAGGGGGAGUUGAAGUCUGCCCUGCUGGACGGGGACACCCAGAACUACGACCUGGACCACGGCUUCUCCAGGCACCCCAUCGAGGAGGACGGCCGAGCUGGGAUCCAGAUCAAGCUGGGCCAGCCUUCCAUCAUCAACCACGUCCGCAUCCUGCUGUGGGACCGAGACAGCAGGUCGUACUCCUACUACAUUGAAGUAUCUAUGGACGAGCUGGACUGGGUGCGCGUGGUGGAUCACUCCAAGUACCUGUGUCGCUCUUGGCAGAACCUCUUCUUUACUCCUCGUGUGUGCAGGUAUGUGCGCAUCGUGGGGACCCACAACACUGUCAACAAGGUCUUCCAUUUAGUGGCUUUUGAAUGCAUGUUCACCAACCGUCCCUUCACCCUUGAAAAGGGUCUUCUAGUGCCCAGUGAGAACGUGGCCACCAUUGCAGCCUGCUCUAGCGUGGUGGAGGGCGUGAGCCGCAGCAGAAACGCCCUGCUCAACGGAGAUACACGCAACUAUGACUGGGACUCAGGUUACACCUGCCACCAGCUGGGCUCUGGGGCUGUCGUCAUCCAGCUGGCCCAGCCCUACACCGUAGGCUCUUUGAGGCUACUACUGUGGGACUGUGACGAGCGUUCCUAUAGUUACUACAUCGAGGUUUCCACCAACCAGCAGCAGUGGACAAAGGUGGUGGAUCGCACCAAGGUGACAUGUCGAUCUUGGCAGACUCUCAAGUUCGACAAGCAGCCUGCCUCCUUUAUCCGCAUUGUGGGAACUCAUAACACUGCCAACGAGGUAUUUCACUGUGUCCACUUUGAGUGUCCGGCCCAGUUGGACACAGAUGUUAAAGAGGGCAGUCCAGGACCGGAGGCUCUAGAGUCGGGCUCCCUGCAGCCUCGAGCUCCCCGGUCCUCCCGCUCCCACAGCCUGCUCCCCUCCCAGGCUUCCUCCCCUUCCUCUCCCUCCUCCUCCUCCUCACAGCCACAGCACUAGGACAAGUCCUCACUCUUCUCUUGGAGGAAAACGCAAGACGUCAUUUUUGCACAGGCUUUUACCAGCCAGAACAUGCUGCUAAAAGCAAAUAUUUUGAUAAUAACACUCAAGUCUAUAGCUAUCUCAAAAAUGUUAACAAGAAUUGUACAUCAAUUGCGGCUGUUUUUAGACUCCAAGAGGCUCCAGUCCUGUCCUGAUUUGACACAGAAUGAAGAGAAAGAUGUUUAUAGAAUACAAUGAAUUCAUACUUUACUGUGAAGAUACUUGCUCACAUUUGAGGCCAGUGCAAGGGUACUACUAGGCUCUUCUGAGUGCCUAUACUGGCCAGGUACUACUACAGCCAGGAAGUCCAACUGUCCAAAAAGUAACUAGUAUCACAAUAGUGAUGUUGGCAAUAAUGCUACCUACUCUUUUUUCCUAGUCUGUAAAUAAACUGUAUCUUUAACGAUUAGCAUUUACAAAUAGUUCAACUCUUUGGUUUAUACUUUUUGUGAAAUCUAUGAUAUUAAGUAAUUUAUUGGCACUUAGUUAGAAUCUAAGUGUUACAGAGGAAGUCACACCGUGAGUGCGUUGGUCAAAGGCUAAACCCAACCUGUAUGGACUAUAUGUGGCAAAGCACUUGAAUGUUUUGCUUCAAAAGGUAAUGAAGUAAUUCGCACUGUUGAAAGAAGUGUGAACCAGAUUAUGCACUGGAGCUGAGAACAUAGUAUAUUUGAAGACUCUUUACUAAGAGCAGCUGAUUUUUGGCACUUUAAGUCUCUGUAUUUACUGUAGGAAUAUGUACAUACAAUCUACUGGCCCAGUUUGGCUGAGAGCUCCCUGUUUUUGCUUUUUUAACACAUACAGUAUAUAUUACUUUGACAUUUUCUGGGUUUAUCUAACCUUUUAGAGUGCUGGUCAUAGUUCUGUUUGUGCUGUAUUGGAUUAAUUGUUCAAGUCUAUUGUUGACGAUGAUUUGGUAUUAAUUUGUUCUGAUUUAUCACAACAGUUAAUAUUUCUCUGUUUAUUAAUACAUUAUAUAUUUUAUUUUACCAGUCAUUUUCUUUGCUUCGUUUUUGGUUGCACUUUAUCUGAUUCCUGUUGGCGAAUCCAUGAACUUCCUUCGUAGUGCCCUCAGCUGGAAACACGCUGUGGGAUGUUUGGACUCCCAGCUGUUAGCAAGACACGGGUCCAAGGCUGGACUUUGACUUACACUAGAGCUAGAAAACAGAUUCCCCAUAUAUCUUUGUAUUUUAUUUGUCUCCCUUGAAUAGAUUCAAGUGCAUUCUGUUUGUUGUGUUUCUGUUAUUUGUGAUAGUAAUUACUGUCAUUGUUGAGGGGGUUAUUUAAUUGAUUUUCUAUAUCACUGCCAUUAACGUACAGUUAUAUCUGUUUUCAAACAGGGGCCCUUUCUUAACGCAGAUAGAUAUCUAACAACGUUUUGUAAUUGUCUCACUUCUAACAAUGUAAUUUGCAGAUCUCCAUUGAUCAAAUGUGUCGUGUGUGGCUUCAAAUGCCCUAGAAAUCAGUAGACUAAAGACCAAAUGAAAUGCUUUAACUUUGUUGAUUAAUAAUCAAUGUUUGGUCAGCCUCUGAACUGAAUUUUAUACCAUCCCAUUCCAGCAGCAAUAAACAUCUGAAUGAUUCUGUAUUCAAAGUUGUGGGA